UACAGUAGAUAGAGCUUCCUUGCUUCUCCUGUGACCGAGGCCUGCAAGCUGACGUCACCGGAAAAAUGGAGGGAACCUCCAUCCUCGGCUGCUCCACUUCCUCCGCGACUCUAUGCUCGAGGACCCAUCCGCGGGAAUCUGGCCACGGCCUCGCCUUGUCCCCGUCUUCGUCUCCGCUUCCCGCGAAGUCGUGGCCUUUCAGCUUGUCCGUCAGCUUGGGCGCUUCAAAAGAACGGCCUUCGGCGGUGCUCUGCUCGCGGGCCUCGCUCCGGACCUCCGUCUUGGCGGUGGAGGAGGCGGUGGAGAGGUAGAGGGGCUCGAUGGCGCCAGCGAAAGAAAUGCUGCCCAAGAUCGAUAAGAGUGGCCGGUUCUGCAGCCCCAGAGCCGCCCGUGAGCUCGCUUUAUCAAUUGCAUAUGCUGCUUGUUUAGAAGGGUCUGACCCCGUUCGGCUUUUUGAGAAGCGAAUGAAUAUGAGAAGAGAGCCUGGUUAUGAAUUUGACAAGGCAUCAUUGCUGGAAUACAACCACAUGAGCUUUGGAGGGCCACCUGUCACAACCGAUACAACAGAAGAAGCUGAUGAGCUUAUGCAGAUCGAUGAAAAGGAGAGUGCGAUUGAAGCUGAAGUCUUGUCAGCACCACCAAAGAUGGUAUACAGCAAAUUGAUACUGCGUUUUACAAGGAAGCUAUUGGUUGCAGUGAUGGAUCAGUGGGAUAGCCAUGUGCUUGUCAUUGACAAAAUUGCGCCUGAAAAUUGGAAGAUUGCCCCUGCAGGCAGCAUCUUAGAGCUUUGUAUUCUCCAUCUCGCGAUGUCUGAGAUUACGGUUCUUGGAACUCGUCGUCAGAUUGUCAUCAAUGAGGCUGUGGACCUAGCAAAACGGUUCUGCGAUGGAGCGGCACCUCGCAUUAUAAAUGGAUGCCUUCGGAGCUUCGUCAAGGAUCUCGAAGCAACUCCUUCACCUCUGGUGUCAGAAGUCAAGGAGCAAAUCGCCGUCAGUGCAUGAGGUCGAUAUAUCUGC